AUGCUUGAGGUUGCGGCGUGGGUGGUGCGGCUGCCUGAGGGGCGGUGCUUCUGGGCCAUGGGCAUGCCGGCCGAUGUGGCACAGAACGUUCCCGCACUGGUCCGCACGUAGAAAGAAAGAAACCAGGUGUGGUGCAUCCUCUGAUCUGUCCGUCCGUCUGUGUCAUUGUUGGUUGUGUGUCCGUCAGGUUGAUAAGGUGUUUGGCGAGUAUGUGUCUCUGCUCCACUGCCACGCCCUCCUGCCGGCACUGCAGCGUGCGGCCGACGAGUGCAACGCAUCGGACGUGGUGGUCAAGGCGGCAGAUGAGGCGCACAGGGGGUUCCCUAACACUGCAUUUUGGAAGGUCAUUGAUUGAUAGAUACACACGGAGGGGAGGGGGAGAGAACACACCGACGGAUAUGUGGUGGUGUGUGUUGUGUUGUGUUGUGUGUUGGCAGGUAGAGGGCUGCAAGCGUCGCUGUGAUGAGAUUCUGCGCAAGGCCGUCACCGAAUGGACCGAUGACGAGGCCAUGGAGGUGACUGAAGAGUCGACACACACACAUCCCGUCACAUGAGACCUGAAUGCCCUUUCCCUGUGUCUCUUCUGCUCUGAUGUGUCAGUACUACAGCUGUGUGAGCCGCCGCAUCACGCCCUGUGAGGCCCUGACACGCCGCUGCCCCUUCCUGGCAAGCCAAGACCUCUUCCCCCCACACACGCAGCUGACCAUCGAAGAGGCGGGCGGCCGCAACACACAACAUGCCGGCACCCACCAGUGGCUCCUGGGGCCACCCGCCUCAGAUGGCGGCGAUUGUCCGGCCACGCAAAACGAGGGGCGGGGGCAAGUGAGAUGUGGGUGCGUGUGUGGUUUGUAUGUUGGCGUAGGAGUGCUAUUGACGUGGUGCAUGUGA